CAGUCAAAUCAGGUCGAGCCUACUUAUGGCCAUGUGCGUAACGCGGAAUAGCUCGUUUCAACUCGUGCAACUUUGAAGCGGCCUGCGGUACAGUAAAUUAAUAUUUCGGAGUUCCUUUGAUCACAAGACGUUCAUCGCACGCUCGGAAUCAUGGCUUCACGUUGGUUUCUUAGCGAGGCGGGCAGGAAAGCAGCCGGCUUGGCAGGUCUCACUGGCGGCUUCAUAGGAGCCAUGGUUGGCCUGCUUCCUCACACGCACCUGCUCGAACAGUACAAGGGCAUAGUUCAAGCCUACAAGGAUGGUAAACCUGUGGCUUUGGAUCCAGCUGUGAAGAAAAGAGCGGAAGAGGUUCUCCGGUCAGUCGACCUCGAUGACAUGCAAAAGGACAGUAUCAGCUUCUUUCACGUGCCCAUUUUGGACACAUUCUUUGCUGGCAGCACGACGGCAUUUAAAGGAGUGAUCAUCGGCCUGCCCCUCACCUUCAGUUACACGACGAAGGAAGACGUGCAGACAAGGAGCCUGCUCAUUCACGGUUCCAAAGCGCCAGAUUGGGAAACCAAAGAGGCGGAGCAACUAAAGAAAUCGCUCGUGCUCAGUGACACGCAGAGGUUUGUCAUCGCAAGGGACAUCAGUUGGGCAAACACCUACUAUGUCCAGUUCCAGUCAGCAGCGCUCUCCUUCUCUGUCCUCAACUGUUACUUCAUGAGUCGCCUUAUCAAUGACAGGUUCAACUUGCUGAUUCGUGCACCUCGUACUUUUCGUGUGGCGCUGUAUGGUGUAGUAGUGGCACUUCAUGCGACUGUGUACAUCGGCUUCAAGGAUGCCAUGAGCCAGUACUGGGACAAGAAAGCGGACAGCGUGGCAGCUUCCCUGGGGAGAGAUUAUGUUGAGGGCGGUGUAGAGUAUUAUGAGAAACUUCUUCAGAGGAACAGGGCUCUGAGGGAAUUGCUGGGGGAUGAGGGACGCAAGUAUUACACUUCGAAAGGUAAUAUUGACAGGAUAAUUCGGUCCGACCAUGUCCCAAUCACGCACAGAUUGGAAGGCUUGAAAAAUAGGCUGCAGACGGCCAGUAAAAGUGAACUUGCUGCCUGAUGUUUCUCUGAACCGAACAUAGACUGACUUUUGUAGUAUAUAUUGAGUUAUUUCUAUUUCCGUGCUAAUAAAGGAUAUACCUAAAACAAAGACUGUGCGUAUAACCAAAUCUUCCAGCAGUUUAAUGGCUGUCCGAAAAAUGUAACAUUAGUGUUAUCCACUCGGGUGUUUCCAGUAAUCUAGUGCUCGUGACUUGUUUUGGACCUUUGAAAGCAAAUCGUGCUCACAAGAUAAAUAAGCUGAAUCCCAGGAUCUCAAAAGAGAUGUAUCUCAAAUAGAGUAUCUUGCCAUACUAGAGGCACUUCUUUUCAAAUCAAUAAUAACGGAACCAAGAGAACUUGUUGAAUAGAAGCUGAAAUGGAUUGUUACGGAUUACAACCACUGUUUCUUGUGAUAUAUUGCCUAAUAAGCACUUCUUUAAUAUGCAGAAUAGAAGCUUAAAUAGAUUUUUACAGCUUGCAACCACUGUUCUUGGUGAUAUAUUGCCUAAUAAGCAUUUCUUGAAUAUGCUAGCAAGGCACUUCUAGUGUUCGACUCGGCGCAACGUCAGAAUAAACUCUAGCUCAUG